ACAAGCAAACCCUUGAAACUAGCAUUGCAUUUGCAUGCGAUUUCCCACUUCAUCAAAGAAUUGAAAAAUGUCAGCUCAAGUAUUAGCAACUCCUUCUUCACCACAGAAUGGAACCACCCGCAAAAAAGGUCGUCCGACAGCCAGUUUUGAUCCUUGCGUUUGGGGGAAUCAUUUUCUUUCCCAUUCUUCUAAGUUCAUGAAAAUUGACGAUGCAACAACUCAACAAGAGUAUGAACAAUUGAAAGAGGAAGUAAGAAGGAUGCUCAAUGACACGAACAGUGAACAUUUAAAGAAACUGUAUUUAAUCGAUGCAGUUCAACGCCUAGGCGUUGAUUACCACUUUGAGAGAGAAAUAGACGAUGCAUUAGAGAAGAUAUACCAUGACGGUGUUGAUUGCUCUAAUCUUUAUAACGUCGCUCUUUGGUUUCGAGUGUUUAGACAACAAGGAAUCAAUGUUCCAUCUGAUGUAUUUAAGAAGUUUACGAAUGAGAAUGGCAAGUUCAAGGCUGACUUAGUUAAUGAUGUCCCUGGCAUGUUGAAUUUGUACGAGGCUGCUCAUCUUGCCCUACCAGGUGAAGAUAUCCUCAAUGAAGCCAUUGCUUUCACAACCUCUAAUCUUGAAUCUAUUUCAACACAAGUAAGCGCUCAGUUAGCAGAACAAAUAAGUCAUGCAUUGAAUCAACCCAUGCACAAAACCUUGCCAAGAUUAGGAGCAAGGCAUCACAUCUCUCUAUAUUCCAAAGAUGUUCAUUUUGAUGCCAAUAAUGGACAACUAUUAAGAUUUGCAAAAUUAGACUUCAACCUGCUACAAGCCUUUCAUCGGAAGGAGCUCAGUAGCAUCACCGAGUAAGUUCAAUUAAAUAGGUGAUUUAGGC